AGCUGAGUUCAGCAUCAAGCCUACAAACUAUUUACGACUGACGACGCAAACGAAUAAAUACUUUUGGAAAAUGAUUUACUAAAGUUCAAACAGUGAGGCCAUCUGCCGGUCAAACGCAAUGUAAAUGCAGUUAUGAACUUAAAUGAAAAUACCAUCUAAAACACCUGUUUGGACUCUUAUUCUGACGGCACCCAUUCACUCCAGAGCAAGUGAUGCAAUGCUAUUUCUCCAAAUCCAUUCCCGUGAAGAAAUGAAAUUGAUCUACUUGAUCUACAUCUACAAAAUUCAUCACAGCAGAGGCGAGGUUGUGCAGAGGGCAGCUGAGGAGACCUGAGCGUGGAUGAAGCAGCAAUAGAGCCAUCUGAGUGUGGAGCUGUGUGCCUGAAGCUUUUGCCUGCAAUGAAAAAAGGCAUAUUCUUUGUACGAAAGCGGAUCGGAGCUGUAAAACUGGUGCCUGGAGAAGUGUUUUACUCAAUCUCACAUCAUCUCCAGAUCACACUCUGAACUACCUGCUUCUGUUCCCUCAAGACCCCCGUUCACAAAGGUGUGCUUCCCUCUGCAGGUGUGGUUUUGCUGCAGGUUAUUGGCACACUGACCUCGUGUCUACAGGUCAAUUACUGGCUGUGGAGCUCCAUCAGACGGUUGUACCACAUCUCCAACCACAAUCACACCAAACCAGACGCUGAACAUCUGCUGAACGUCCUGCUGUACACUGGAAACCAGAGGAUCUUUCUUUAUCAAGAGCACCAAAGGAUAACUUUGUCAGGAAUCUGUAGAACCGGAAUCACGCAUGACUGUUUCUGGGGCUGCUGAAUGCAUUUGCAUGAGAAUUUCUUCUGAAUGAAAACAAACUAAGCAAUAUGGAGACAGUAUCUCUGAACACCUCCUUGUUCUCUGGCAGUCAGAGCAUCAGUACGGAUUCUCCUAAUUUGUCCAUGAGAUCUGUAAGCUUCAUCAAUGACACGGAUUCAUCUCGCAGCAGCACACUCUUACACUGGAACUUCUUCCUGGCUGCCAACUACAUCAGUGUGGUGGAGAAAUGCAUGAGCUCCAUGCAGACGGGCACUCAGAUGGUGAAACUGCGUGGAGGAUCCAAAGGCCUGGUGCGCUUUUUCUACUUGGACGAACACAAGUCCUGCAUCCGCUGGCGGCCCUCUAGGAAGAAUGAGAAAGCCAAAAUCUCAAUCGACUCCAUUCGGGAGGUGUGUGAGGGGAAGCAGUCGGAGAUCUUCCAGCGUUAUGCCGACGGUAGCUUUGAUCCCAACUGCUGCUUCAGCAUCUACUAUGGCGAGCACAUGGAGUCUCUUGACCUGGUGUCAGGUACAGGAGAAGAAGCUCGCACCUGGAUUACUGGCCUUAAGUACCUUAUGGCCGGCAUCAGCGAUGAAGACAGUCUGGCCAAGCGCCAACGCACUCGUGACCAGUGGCUGAAGCAGACCUUCACAGAGGCCGAUAAGAAUGGAGACGGCUGCCUGAGCAUCAGUGAAGUGCUGCAGCUCCUGCACAAGCUCAAUGUCAACCUGCCCAGACAGAAAGUCAAACAGAUGUUUAAGGAGGCAGACACUGAUGACAACCAGGGCACGUUGGGAUUUGAGGAGUUCUGCUCUUUCUAUAAGAUGAUGUCAACGCGGCGCGAUCUGUACCUGCUGAUGCUCACCUACAGCAACCAUAAAGACCACCUGGACACAGAUGACCUCAAACGCUUCCUCGAGACUGAGCAAAAGAUGACAAACGUCUCAAAGGAGCACUGCCUCGAAAUUGUGGCCAAGUUUGAGCCUUGUUCUGAAAACCAGACACUGGGUGUCCUGGGUAUUGACGGUUUUACCAAUUACAUGCGCAGUCCUGCAGGGGACAUCUUCAACCCUGAGCAUUACGAGGUGAACCAGGACAUGACGGAGCCUCUCAGUAACUACUUCAUCGCUUCCUCCCACAACACCUACCUGAUGGGCGACCAGCUCAUGUCCCAGUCUCGGGUGGAUAUGUACGCCUGGGUGCUGCAGGCCGGCUGCAGAUGUGUGGAAGUGGAUUGCUGGGAUGGACAGGAUGGAGAACCAAUCGUACAUCAUGGCUACACCCUGACUUCCAAAAUCCUCUUUAAAGAUGUUAUCGAGACCAUCAACAAAUAUGCAUUCAUCAAAACCCAGUAUCCUGUGAUUCUGUCCAUUGAGAAUCACUGCAGCGUCCCUCAGCAGAAGAAGAUGGCUCAGUAUCUGACUGAAGUGUUGGGUGAUAAACUGGACGUGUCCUCCAUCCCUGCCGACCCAUCUGGACUUCUGCCUUCACCCGAAGCCCUAAAAGGCAAAAUCCUCAUCAAGGGUAAAAAACUGCCCCCAAAUAUAGACGAGAAUGCAGAGGAGGGGGACGUGUCUGAUGAAGACAGCGCUGAUGAGAUGGAGGAUGACUGUAAGCUGAUGAAUGGAGAUACAUCUAUGAACAGGAAGCAGGCGGAAAAUGUUGCAAAGAAAAAAUUAGAUAACCUCAUGAAGGAGUCAAAGAUUCGUGACCGGGAAGAUCCGGACAGUUUUACCAUCGCAGCCCUGCCGCCGACAGGAAAACAUGACAAAUCACCGCUAAAGGGAAAAGCAGAAGACAGCACUGACACUGGAGACGAGGCCAACUCUGGUGGCAACAAACGUCUGGGUAGAUCUUUCAUGGGGAGUUUCUCCAAACGCAAGAAAAAGACAAGUAAACUGAGGAAGUCCUCCAGUUUUGAGGACACAGACACGGAUCAGGAGAGCUCGAGUGGGGCGUCUAAAGCACCAGUGCAUCACAGCAGAAAGAAAAAAACAAUGAAGUUGUCAAGAGCACUUUCUGAUCUGGUAUACACUAAAUCUGUGGGCACACCAGACUUUGAGGCACAAGUGAGCGGCAGCAGUUGGCAGGUGUCAUCGAUGAGCGAGACCAAGGCCCAUCAGUUAAUGCAGCAGAAGCCGGUGCAGUUCAUACGAUUCAACCAGCGCCAGCUCUCGCGUAUCUACCCCUCCCCUUACCGCGUGGACUCCAGCAACUUCAACCCACAGCCCUUCUGGAAUGCCGGUUGCCAUCUGGUGGCUUUGAACUACCAGACAGAGGGCAGAGUGCUGCAGCUCAACAGAGCCAAGUUUUAUUGCAACGGCAACUGUGGUUACAUCCUGAAACCUGGCUGUAUGUGUGAAGGUUCUUUUAAUCCAGUGGCUGAGGAUCCUUUACCAGGGCGGUUGAAAAAACAAUUGGUUCUUAAGAUCAUCAGCGGCCAGCAGUUGCCCAAGCCUAAAGACUCCAUGCUGGGUGACCGAGGAGAGAUAAUCGACCCAUUUGUGGAAGUGGAGAUUAUCGGUCUACCAGUGGAUUGCUGCAAAGAGCAAACCAGGGUGGUUGAUGACAAUGGAUUCAAUCCUAUGUGGGAGGAGACGCUCGUCUUCACUCUUCACAUGCCAGAGAUUGCUCUUAUACGCUUCCUGGUUUGGGACCAUGACCCGAUUGGCCAAGAUUUUAUUGGCCAGAGGACCAUCGCCUUUAACAGCAUGAUUCCCGGUUACCGACAUGUGUAUUUGGAAGGCAUGGAGGAAGCUUCCAUCUUUGUUCAUGUUGCAGUGAAUGACAUCACCAGUAAGGUUCGAGCAGUCAGUGGUAUAAAAGGACUCUUUCACAGAAACCCAAAGCAGGCAUCUCUCGACAGCCAUGCUGCUGCUCUGCUCAACCGUAAGAGCACCUUUGGUGCUCAUCUCCUGCGCCGCACAGCCAGUGCCCCCACCAAGGGCCAACCCAAAGUCAAGAGGGGCUUCCCCGAGAUCUCCAUUGACACAAAAGAUUGCAGCUCGGAGGGCGCCAGUGAGGAGCGGGAAUCAGAAGAGGGGCCACCUGUCCACCACAACGGAGAUACUGCAUCUGGAAAAUCAUGGGGUCAUGGCACCAACGGGCAGCUUCACCCUGACGACAGUAAAGAAAAUUCUGAAGUGCAGAGUCCAACUCCAUCCCUGAACACCUCAUGUCUGGGAUCCAUUACAGAGGAAUUUCAGGAGAAUAGUCCUUUGACCUCCACACAAAGCCCUGUGGAUACCUCACCACAUUGUCCCUCCACUACAUUGUCUUCACCAUCCACAGCAAUAACAACAUCUUCCAAUGGGGAAAAUCUCAGCCCUGUGAAAAAUAAUGAGGACAUUCGGAAAUCAUUUGCACUAACCCAGUGUAUUGGUCCAUAUAGCACCAGUGGCGAGGAUUCUGGGAAAAGCCACAUCAACUCUUCACUUUCCACAAAUUACCUUGACAUUGGAUGUGAUACACGCCCAUUGCCAGACCAGGAGGAUGGUGCAGUUGCGCAAAAAGCAGUCACUGAUCCCAACGUUCCUAAAAUAAAAACACUACAGACUCUAGAGACAGAUGCCGUAAAGGUAAUAACCGCCACAAAGAGCUCUCAAAGGAUGCAGGCGUUGAAGGGGGUGUUUGACAGAGACAUUGGACGAAGCAUGCAAACAGGACUGAGGACCCCAGUCAGAAGGACCAAAAGUGAAGGACAAAUGAAGGCAGUGAUAAAAACAGACAGCCCAUCAGUGGUCCCCGAAGUCUCUAUCGACGCCACUUUCAACGACAGGCUCUGGAGCAAACUCGACCCCAGCAGCCAUCGGGAUAGUGUGUCAUCGUCUUCCAGCAUUUCCUCCAAUGACACUGUGAUAGAUUUGUCCUUGCCCAACCUUUCCAGAAAGAGCCUUACCUGUCUUAGUGCAGCCCGGGACAGCUCAGACAACCAAGUAUCGUUGGCCAACAGGUCCAGUCAGCCUCGAUCAACCGUUGUAGCAUGCAACGUCUCGCUUGUCAGCAAGAGCAAGUCCAACCCCAACCUGCGGGAUGGUGAGAUGUGCGAGCCAGAGGACGAGUUACAACCCAGGCCUUUGGUUGCAGAGAAAGACCCCAUCCGUCCCAUGCAGAGGCGCCACACUUGGAGCAGGUUGUACAUGGAGGGCUUAAAGCAGUCUUCCACUCUUGCAGCUUCUGCUAGCUCCAAGAGGUCAACCACCCCCUCGGCAAAAGACAUGGACAGCAGCUCGAAAUCCAAGAGUCUUGGAGAUCUCACUUCAGACGACAUCAUCUGUAAUUUUGAGAGCAAGUAUCGCACCAUUAGUCGCAGUUUCAUUGUGAGGCCAAGCCGUCAACUAGGGAAAACUCUUAGAAAGCCCCAGAAUGACCUAACGGAGCAGCUCAAGAGGCUCACCGAUGUGGAGCCCCUCACUAGCAAAGACUUUGCUCAGUGCAGGAACGAUUCCGAAGUGGGACAGGAAGAGGAGGAGAUACCCCCUUUGCGGAGGAGUUCCUCACGGAGCCAGAGCCGGGUGAGAUACAUCGCUAACCGAGCCAGGCAGGCCCAAGAGAGGCAGCGGCUACAAAGCCUGACUAGGACGUCUGGGAGCCCCAUCGAAGAGCGUGGCAAUCCUGAAGGAGCUUGUAGUGUAGCCCACAGUCCCUGUGUUAGCUUGGAUCUUUUGAGCCAGCUUCCAUCAGGACCACCCCAACAAAGCCCUCUGAGCCCGGACAACGAGGUCUUCUUUAUGCUCAGGCUGUAAAAAGACAAGAGUGUGUUGAGCAAAUGGACACAAGGUGGCCAGCCUCCACCUAUCACUCAUUAAGAUACUCCAGUAGACAUGUUGAGCAGUCAAACAUUUCUUAUGUGCACCUACUGUAAUAACCCUUACAUUUUGGCUUGAUGCUAAAAGUUGAAAAGCACACAAUCUUUUUUUUUUUUAAUGCCCAUUGUUGACCUACUCCCAACCCUGAAUAAUGAGCCGUUACAGGGAAUGAAAUGCUAAGCUUUAAACAUUAAAUUGGAUGCAACGGUUUGCUAGUUUGUACAAAUUAUUUGUAAAUGUGCAUGCAUGUGUUGAAAAAAAAAAAACAAAGGUGCAAAACCAGAGGAUUUUUUAAAAAGGUGUAUUAAAAUAUACAAGAUUGCAUAUAGAUAUUAUUACAAACAUUCUAAAAUUAGAUUAUGCCUGUGGCAUUUGUGGUACUGUAAUUUUUUUUUUAUUAUUUUUUUUUUUAAAGAUGCAGCUUAUUGCAGCAAUAGAUAAAAAUGUAAGCACUACUGAUUCACCACAAUGAUUCCUUGGAUUCAGAUGUUUAUUAAUCUGCAGCCAAAAUACAAAUGCAUUUGUUUGUGUUGUUAAUGGCAUGAGAACAAAUUUUGUAACCAAGCAUGGGAUGUAUUUGUCACAAUAAUUUAUUGUCCCUUAAAACUAUUUUUAAAAAUUUUUUAGAUGUAGUAAUAUUAAUGACUGCUAUGUUCUGUUUUAGUUUUUAAUUUAGUAAAAUUACAACUUACAGUAUGUUCUUUAGUUAAGUUAGUUACUAAUGAAGUGUAGCUCUAAAAAUACGGUAAUUCAUAUAAAAAAUUGCAUAUCUUCACUUUAUGUACAGUAGUUUACCUUUUGAAAUUUUACUGUAUGUCACUUGAUUUUAAUAUUUCUCCUAUGGUCUACUGUAUUUUUAUGUUUCAAAGAUUUUAUGAUUUAAAAAUGUACAGUCUAUUAGAUAUGCAGUUAUGUAGAUGUUAUUCAAUGUCAUUGUCCUAAGUACACUAAUACCUUUUAUUACUUUUUUUUAAAGAAUGCUACUCAGUAACAGGGAAAUAAAUUUUUACCAAUUACAUACUU